CGCAACCAUAUGGAUUUGAAACUACGAGACGUUCAUGUUUUGAUCACAGGAGCGAGCGGAGGCAUCGGUUUGGAAACGGCCCGCCUGUUCCUUGCCCAGGGAGCCAAGGUCACAGCACACUACAACACCAGCUCUUCCCCGCUCGACGCGCUUGUCGAAGAGUACGGAACUGCCAGGGUAGCUCGCAUACAGGCCAAUCUGGUUAACGAAGACGACGUCGAUCACCUCUUCUCUUCUGCCAGUAACACACUGGGUCCUGUGCAGAUAGUCAUCAUCAAUCAUGGGAUCUGGCCCACCGCAGAUGAACCGGUGGAGAGCAUGUCUCUCGAUAGAUGGCGCACUACUUUGGACGUGAAUCUCACGUCGGCGUUUCUGGUAUCUCGAGCGUAUCUGAAGCAACUGCGCAACGCGAGCGAAGAUCAGCAGCACACGGCAUCCAUGCUUUUCAUCGGGUCCACCGCGGGAAAAUACGGAGAAGCGGGCCAUGCAGACUAUGCGGCGAGCAAGAGCGCCCUGAUGUACGGCCUGGUCCUCUCCCUCAAGAAUGAAAUCGUCAAGAUCGCGCCUCGUGGAAGAGUCAACGCGGUCGGUCCCGGAUGGGUCAAGACACCCAUGGCAGAAGCAGCGCUCAAGGAUCCUCAAGUCGUCUUCCGGGCCGUUGCAACAACCCCUCUGAAAAAGGUGGCGGAGACAUGGGACAUCGCGACGCAAGUCGUGAUGCUCUCGUCACCUUCGGUCUCCGGCCAUGUCACGGGACAGGUCGUGAUGGUCGAAGGUGGGAUGGAAGGCCGCUUGUUGAACCAGAUGACCGCGAACGGAAUACAAGCUUACUGAUACAUUCGAUUUGCAAUGACAUGUGUACACAUAUUUCGAACGGACACUGUGUGGAAUGCAGGCCAAAACCCAGUUGAACAUCGAUUACAAUUAUCACGUAAUCAAUCACAUGCCACAAAUCGGCCCCCACAAACGUCGAAAGGACCCUCACCUCUCUUUCACCUUUGCGUUUCCAAUGGAGGAAAUCAUGAAGGCAUCUGCUCCUUGGAAAUUGAAGGGGAAAAGCUGGACUUUCUUGAUCUCUUCGCUGGACCCCAAGGCCAAUUUUCCGGCCGGAUGGAGUGAGGAGUUCCAAGCCGAUGCUCUCUCCCAAGGCGGUGAGUUCAUUGGUGGACUAGGCAGUGUCAUGGUCGUGUCAUAUGCGGAGUCGCCAGUCGGACCGUAUAACGAGUUGAUCUACAUUCCUGGCCGGUUCAAAUACUCGGAUGGGAGCAAGUCGUUCCGCAUCACGAGAAUCUAUGUCUCAACCAAAGAGUCCACGCUCAAUGGGAGGAGAAAUUGGAACAUUCCAAAACUUACGGCAGACUUUGUCAUCGACACCAGCGCAGACGGAUCGACGGACAUUGCCGUCUCUCAACCUGGGUGUACUACUCCCUUCUUCCAGGCCACGGUCCGACCGAUACCCGUGCUCUCCUCCCUCUCCAUUCCCAGCAGCACCGCCAUCCUGGGUCAGCUUCUCAAUUUGAUGCAGCCGCCGCUGCCUGCCGGAAAGAAUCCUGAAGAUGUCGGCACCGAGCAGUGGGCGAAUCUGACGCCAGCGCUCAGGGGUUCCCUGUCCGUGAGAAAGUUAAUACCCGUAAAAAUCGGCGAUGGUGCCAGUUAUCCCCAGGUUAAACCGUGGUCACUAGCCCUCGUGACGGAUAAUUUGGAGUUGGAUUUUGGACUCGCUCGUUUCUCUCCAGUUGUUUGAUUUGUUCUCCAAAUAACCGGUAUAUGUAUGUACUGUUUAUGUGUAUAUU